AUGGCUCAGUCACUGCAAUGUGCUUCUUCUCAAAGCUUCAGCUUCUUCUUCAGAGUCCUCCGGCCUGGUUUCAGCAAUAGAUUGACACUUCCAACUAAAUUCGUUAAGAAUGUUCUUAUGAACAAGAAGGGUGAGCUAGGAUUGGCCUCGUUGGUGAACCCAAUUGGCGAGAUUUGGCAUGUCGAAGUUUACAAACAUGCAGAUGAAGACAUGUGCAUUGGAGGGCUUGGUUGGUCUGAGCUAGCCCAUGCUCAUAAUUUGGGUUUGGGGUAUUUCUUGGUCUUUCGCUAUCGAGGCGAUAUGGUUUUCGAUUUCAGAGCAUUUGAUUUGAGCACUUGUGAGAUAGCUUAUCCUUCGAUUGCUCAUUGGGUUGCUAAGAAAUUAGAGCAAACACUACCAGUCUUGAUCGAUAUAGAAGAUGAGGAGGAGGAAUGUAGCAAUUCUAGUCGUGUAUCAACAGAGUCAUAUAGUGGAUAUGAGAAAGAAGAGCUUACGAAGAGUAAUCCUGCGGGAGGAGUGUGUUUUGAGGUGAAACUAAGUGCUCGCUACUUGUAUCGAGGCCAUGUAGUAAGUAGCAUUUGUUUGUAUGAGCAAAUAGUAGUUUUAUUUUAAUUUUUUCCCUAAAACUUCUCGUUUUAUGGUUUAAUUCAGGAGGGAUA